AGAUUCAGCUUUUCCAAAUGGCCCAGUUCAAGCGCCAGAAGCAGCUGAGAAUCGGCAGUCAUCAGGGAUCCAGAUCAUUCACAGGAACACAACCCACCUCUUUACUAGGUCCUGCACCUGGCCUAUUAAAUCCUCCUAUAUCAGCAGAUAUUAUCCAGGCAACACGGCAUCUUCAGGGGGGAGAGAAGCAGCGAGUUUUUACUGGAAUAGUUACCAGCCUCCAUGAUUAUUUUGGAGUGGUGGACGAUGAAGUUUUCUUCCAGCUAAGUGUUGUCAAAGGCCGGAUGCCACAGAUUGGUGAGAAAGUGUUGGUGAAAGCUGUCUACAACCCAAGUCAGUCAGUGCCUUGGAAUGCCUUGAAGGUCCAGACUCUGUCAAAUCAGCCUCUUCUGAAGGCCCCCACACCUCUUCUCCAUGUGACUUCCUUGGGACAGAAGCAAGGCAUCCUGGGAUCUCAGCCCCAAUUACUGUUUCAGCCUCACCGAAUCCCACCUCUCUUUCCCCAGAAACCCAUGAGCCUCUUCCAGACAUCUCCAUCACUCCACCUAGGUCAUCUUGGAAGAUACACUGGUCGGGGCCCAAAGGGCAGACAGGAUUCAGGCAGAUGGGAUGACUUUGAUUCCAAGAAACGGAAGCAGAAGGGUGGUGAGCCAUGGGGAGUGAAAAAGCCACGGCAUGAACCACCCCAGUACCGGUUCCGGUUGGCUUGCUACACUGUGAACAGUCCCUUCUGUGAUGCCAUGGAAAUCUUGAGGCGUUAUAGCAGUAUCCAGUUGCCCAAGGAGUUCUAUGACGUCCGCCUCUGCUGGCUGGACACCUUUCCGCUUACUCAGCCACUAACCCUCAGGCACCCCAGCCGUAUCCAGGUGGCUAGUCCUACCGAAGAAGUACCUCCAACUGAGGAGGGGACUGCCCAGGGUGCUCAACCAGAGGACUCCAGCUCUGUGUUCAGUGCCAAGGUUUUGCUGCUGUCUUCUCCAGGCAUAGAAGAAUUCUACCGUAGUUGCUUGCUAUACAUUGAAGAUUCCAGUGAGCAGAGAGAGAAUCCCGAGCAUCCAACAAAGCAAAUUAAGUUCUUGCUGGGAAAGAAAACAGAUGAAGCAGUGCUGAUUGGAGGGGAGUGGUCCUCGUCUCUGGAUGGUCCUGACCCAGCCACAAACCCCAUGGUUCUGAUUCGCACGGCCAUUCGUUGCACCAAAGCGCAGACUGGUGUGGAUUUGAGUGCCUGUACCAAAUGGUUCCGAUUUGCGGAGUUCAGAUAUCUGCAUGAAGGAAGCCCCUCUCAUCAGGAGCAGGUGGUGGUCUUCCUGCCUGACAUCUGGAGCUGCAUGCCUUCGCUAGAGGAAUGGGAGGCCUUGUGCAAGCAGAAAGCCGAAAAGGCUCCACCACCGUCAGAAGAGAAAGUGGAGAUGGAAGUCGAACCUGAACAGGCCUCCAAGCCAGCCGUUGAGGAGGAGAUGGAGGCCAGCGAGCAGGAAGGAGACUCGGCCGAAUCUGCCCCUGAACCAGCUGUGGAGCCCCCGGCACCUGAACCAGAGGCCCCAACUGCCCCCCUGGAACCGGCCAUCAUUGCUCAUCCCCAGCCAGCCCUGCAGGGGGGGCAGCCCAGCUGCGCCAACAUCUCUCUCUAUGCCCUGCUGGAGUACAGGCGGCAGCGGGAGAAGCUCUCCUUUGAGGUGGCAGUGGUGGCCGAGUUCUUCCAGGAGAUGCUUCAACGGGAUUUCGGCUAUAAGCUCUACAAGGCAUUACUGGCCCUGCCAGAGAAGGAAGAGCCUCUGGAGGCAAAGAACCCCGAACCAGAGAAAGCAGCUGAUAUGGAGAAGGAGGGAGAGAGUGAAGUUAAAGAAGAAUCUAAAGAAGAGUCUAAAGAAAAUCUAGGGGCAGAGGAGGCACCUGCCAUUAACCAGGAGGAUGCUCAGAAGGAGGAGGGAAGCAACGUGGAGGAGAAGCCUGCAGGUCAAGACGGGGCCAACGCACCUAAGGAGAAGAGCAGUGGGAGUGUCAAAGCAGACUCAAAGGACUCUACCGAUGAGCUGUGUGAUCUAAGCCUGGAAGAUGACCUGCUGCUCCUGAGAGAGGAAGAGGAGGAGGAUUUUGGUGUCAAGCUGGAAGAUGCUGAAGUGAGAUCAGUCGCAUCCAAUCAGUCAGAGAUUGAAUUCUCCUCACUUCAUGAUGUGCCCAGAGAGUUGGACCCGAGUGCUGUGCUGCCACUGGAUGCCCUCCUUGCCUUUGUUUACUUUGACUUGAAUUUCUGUGGCUAUGUGCACCGGAAGGAUAUCGAGAAGCUUCUCCUAACCUUGGGGCUGCAUCUCUGCAAAGAGCAGGUGAAGCGCCUGGUGAACAGGGUGGUGACGCAGUUCGUGUGCCGCUACUCCAGCCUACGCUACAACCGGCAGGAAGGGACUGAGCCAGGUCCUGAUGAGGAGCCAUUAGGGAACCUUGCCUUACUGCGUUCAUCAUCCUCCCUUCCCAAGAGUACCUCCAAGCCAAAUCUGGAGACUCAGUCCGGCAAUCUAGUUUCAUACAAUGGAACUGUCCUUAACGUGAGCAAACUGCUGGAGAAGGCAGAGCAGACAGAAAACAGUCGCCUCUAUCUGGAGAACAAAAUCCAUACACUGGAGCUCAAGUUGGAAGACACCCAGACCCGUUUCUCAACGACAGAGGCUUCCAACAAGGCCUUGGCAUCUGAAGUUCAGGAGCUGCAGAAGCGUCUCGCUGAGAUGGAGGAGCAGUCAAAAGUGGCUGAGAGGCAAAAAUCCCAUUUCCAGAGGCUGCUGCAAGAGAAUAAGAAGCGCCUGGUUCCGCUGCAGCUGGAAAUCCAAAAGAUCAUUGAGAAGACCAAUAACUGCUUAGAAAAGAAGGACCCGACACCCACAGCAGUUUCCAGCAAUUGCCCUUCCCCAGAGCAGCUCAGCAAAAGUUCUGUGCCCUGGGUUGAUAGUUUGGGGCUGUGGGUCAGCGGUUGGGGGGUAAGCCUCUGACCCUUCAACCCUUUCACUGCCAGUGAGAGGCCAGAGCUGGUUUUCAUCCUGAACCACUAUCCCCCCCCAGGCUUGGGGAAAGGGCCACCUAGUCUAAACAUGGCCGGGAUCCACAGUUCAUAUGCUGGAGCCACCAUUAUUGUUUAAAGGAUACCCAUUAGGUAGGAGUUUUGAUGGUCUAUUGUGUGAGUGGAGGAGCUGCAGUACAGACAUUUUCAAGGGUGUCUGCUAAGCAGCAAGAAUCAGAAGGGAAAGACAUUGCAUUACUAAGCCUUGAUGCCGUUGGAAAUGGACAGUAGGUGCCACACUGCUCCGAAGGGCAGGGCAGGGCAGGGCAUGGCUAGCCUCAAUGUGCUGCAUGGAGACUUUCUUCCUUCAGGCAUCCCCCUCUUCUCCCCCCACCCCGCUUUAGCUGAAGAAGGUGGCAUUCUGCCUGCCUUCGGACUGGAGGGCUAGGAAGGAAGCGUCAGCACCGCCGGGCAUUUAAGCCUCUGAACCAAUGUAGUGGUUCUGGGCCAUCUCACGUGCAGUGGAUCAUGCAGUUCCGUUGCUGCAGGCUCGUUUGUGGCCAUUCCUGUGAUAAACUGGCAGGGCAGUUUGUGGUUGUGGCUUGAAUUUAAAUCCUUGCACAUUCCCUGUGCAGAAUGCUAGCCCUUCAGGGAAGGGGGUGUGUGCCAUCUGGCUCUCUCGAGGUCAGUCCUGGGUCACUCAUUUGCCCUGUGUAGCUUUAAAGCCUCAGCAACCUCUGCUGUGCUUCCAUCAUCCAGCCUAGAAAUGCAGGUGAAAUUCUUGAGCAUCAGGUCUAGCCUGGGGGGUGGGGUGUCUUGUGUUAGGCAGCAGAGUGACUAGCUGGAAUGCAUUUGAGCAGAGUAGCAGAUUUCCAGAGGGCUGUGGUAGGUAGCCCAGUGGGGUCUCUGUGGUAGUUUUUAGCAGAGUAGAUGGGCUAAGGCAAGUGCUGUGGUGGGGGCCUCCCCCCCCAAGAAUCCUGCAGUAGGCAUUGAUUGCAUCUGCUCCCCCGACCCUCAGGUGGUCUGUCACUUCUGGAUGUGUUGCUUUUAGUCUGUAAAUGUGGUAACAACUUGUAUUUAACUGGCCAAGUUCCCUUUUAUAAAAGUC